ACAUCAACCCUAAACAAAAUGAGAAUAAGUUUGCUGAAAUUCCCUUACCUGCUGCAACUGUCUCAGAAAAGGGUAUAAUUCAUGAAAGAGUAUUUACAGUCUGCAAGAACUUUCAGUUAAGAAACAAAAUUAACUUAAUUUGUUCAGGCAGUAGAGAAGACAUCUGUGAUUUCUUUAUUUUCCGCUCUCUACUGCAUUUUAACAACAGAUACAAUCCAAACUGAAGAGGCAAUUUCUUAAAUGCCCACAGCGAGCUUACUAAUAAACAGGAAACUUUGAAAGACAAAAGCAAUGUUCUGGUGGAGGAAACAGGUGUUUUGCUGUGAAGAACAUUUCCCGUUUUUGCCAGUAAAAGGUUAGGAAACAAAGAUUAAGUGCAGAGGAAAGAAAUCAUACUCAGCCAGUGAAGCCAAAGCUGAGACAAGACUGUUCCCCAACUGGAGAAUGAAAAGCAGUUCUCAAUCUCAGACUGAAUUAAUUGCAGCACAGCUUCAGAUGGAAACCAAAGGCAGAAACAGGUCACUCAAGUUGGCUUUACCUUGAUGUCUACACCAGGGGGUCUCAGGAUCAUGAAGAAAAACAGCUUGCAGCUUGAACAUACAAACGUACAGCGUUUGUACACCAGUUUGUGAUUCUGCCUUAGUAGGCUCAUCUCAGGGUUAGCCCCGUGCAGUUGCCACUAUGGGAGACUGGAGCUUGCUGGGAAAACUGCUGGAAAGUGCCCAGGAGCACUCGACAGUGGUGGGAAAGGUGUGGCUGACGGUCCUCUUCAUCUUCCGGAUCCUGGUUCUGGGAGCCGCCGCGGAGAAAGUCUGGGGAGAUGAGCAGUCGGGCUUCACCUGUGACACCAAGCAGCCUGGUUGCCAAAGCGUCUGCUAUGACAAGACCUUCCCCAUCUCGCACAUCCGCUUCUGGGUGCUGCAGAUCAUCUUCGUGUCCACCCCCACUCUCAUUUACCUGGGCCACAUUCUGCACCUGGUGCGCAUGGAGGAGAAGCAAAAGCAGAAGGAGAAAGAGAGGAUAACCCAAGCAGCCAAUCAAGGAGACAAGCAGCCCCUUCUGGGUGAAACAAAAGCCAAGAAGCCUUCAGUGCGAGACGCACAGGGCCGGAUCCAGAUGCAAGGUGUUAUUUUACGGACCUACGUCUUUAAUAUCAUAUUCAAAACCCUUUUUGAGGUGGGCUUCAUAGUGGCUCAGUACUUCCUCUAUGGCUUUGAACUCAAACCUCUUUACACUUGUGACCGACUUCCGUGCCCCAACAUUGUCAACUGCUACAUCUCCAGGCCAACAGAAAAGACUAUCUUUAUUGUAUUCAUGUUGGCAGUGGCAUGCAUCUCCUUGUUACUGAACCUGGUUGAGAUGUACCACUUGGGUUUCACAAAGUGCCGACAAGGGGUGUCUUCCAAGUCUGAGAUUGCAUCUGAAAUGGGCUCUAAAGACCCCAAUGACACAGUGGUGCCCUUUGUCCCUAAUUACAAUUAUUUUCCAAAACAGCACUCUCCAACAGGACCUUACCAAUCUGGAUCGAGGUACAGCCUUUCUCCUUUACCUGAGCCUGACACUGCUUAUCACCCAUACAAUAGCAAAGCGGCCUAUAAGCAAAACAGAGACAACUUAGCUGUAGAGAGGAACAGCAAGCCUGAUGAAAGUGAUUUGAAAGUGAAGAAAGGGACGCCUGUAGAAAAACAGCGCAGACCUAGCAGAUCCAGCAAGCACAGCAACAACAAGACCAGACUGGAUGAUCUCAAAAUUUAACGGCAUCUGCGCUUCACUUAUCAAUACACAAAAGCCUUCCAAAUGCACAUGCACGCAUUCUGGCUGUUCGUCCUUUUGCAAGGAAUGUUUGGUUGCGGGUUUUGCAGGAAGUACUUUUGAAUUGCAUUGAUCAUGGUACGCUUGGGACAUGUGUCUUUAAUUACAAACGCUGUGGUUUGAAACCACUGGUAGGCAAGGAACAAACACAGCACAUAGCUUUCAUCUUUUCUCUAAUGGCUGGUUCCAUCAAAGGCUCCACCUACAGUACUGUACCCUCAUGUGUGGGUAUUCUUGUUUGUGCGGCAAUGUUGUUUUCCCUCCUUUCUUAUUUAACAUAUGAGAACAUUUAAAGCCAUUACUUGAAAAUAAAGAUUUGUUUUUUGUAAGACAUAAACAUAAACAUUCUCAAUACAGUCAGUAAGAUUAAAAAUACAUUUAAAGAUGUCAUAGAUGUCAGACUGCUUGUAUUUAUAGCCAGGUUCUUACGGAGAAGACAUCUGCCAUAGUCAGUAUCUGUUGCUGAUACUGUUGUAAACACAUUAAAGUACUAUUGCAAGCCCUUCUUAAAGAAUAAAACACUUACAUUGAUCAUGCGGAUAGAACUAUGUAGACAAAUACGUUGCUGCAUUGUUGUUUGGCUUAUUUGUUGAUUUGGUGCUGUAGAACAUUUAAUAUUCAUGUCAUGCUAAAAUAAAACAUGCAGUGGAAACAAUGCAUUACUGACAUUUUAGUGAACACUGAUGCAAUUGUUUUCAGUUUUGUCCACCUUUGAUUUUGAACUCCUUGAUAGAUCACCUCUUACUCCCAGAUAUAGAUUAGGCUCAGCUGGUAUCACUGUACAAACCACUACUGUACCUUUUCACAUGAAAGAACUUUAUAACAGUGAAAGUAAAAUCAUUUGAUGAUGACCAUCAAUAUUGAAAGAAAAUGUAAUAAUAUUAAACCAAAGGGACUACAAAUUGAGCUCACCUUUCUCUGAAGUGUAAAAGCAAUACACAAAACACAAGCAAUAAGUAUAACAAAAUAUUUUUUUUGAAAAAACAAGUUAAAAACUGAAACUUGAACACCAAGUGUAUAACAGUGCUGUCAAACUUUCUGUUUGUUGGAACUUAUCCAUAAAAAAUUAAGUAAAGAAUAUGAGAGGUGUCAUACUUCUGAUUUGAAGAAUGAAGCAGAAAUGUAUUGAUUUGCAAAGAUACUGUUGACAUUUGAUUGCAGAUACUCAAAAAAUGUCUGUGGAAACUUCAAAGAAUAUUCAAAAACUAAAUAAAAUUAUAUCUGUUACCUAGUGAUGGUAAACAAUUCUUUUAUAAAGAAACCAUGUGAAAACAUUGCAUAUAGGAAUGGCCAAGGUAUGCUUGGAUUGAAAGCUGGUGUGGAAUUCAUUCUUUUAGUACUUAUGUUAAAGACAGAUGCACAUUAAAGCAUUUGCUGCAACUGA